AUGAAGUUCGAAAAUACAUUAUUGACUAUAACCGCAUUGUCUACCGUGGCUACUGCUUUGGUUAUCCCUGAAGUUAAUAGGGAAAACAAGCAUGGUGACAAGAGCGUUGCCAUCAAAGAUCAUGCUUCUUCUGAUUUGGAUAAGCCUCAACAUCAUGCUAAUGGCAAGGCUCGUUCUAAGUCUCGUGGUCGCUGCGCAGACUCCAAGAAAUUCGACAAGCUACGUCCAGUCGACGAUGCUUCAGCUAUUUUAGCUCCACUUUCUACAGUUAAUGAUAUUGCCAACAAGAUUCCUAAUCGUUACAUCAUUGUCUUUAAGAAAGAUGCCUCUGCAGAUGAAGUGAAGUUCCAUCAAGAACUAGUCUCUGUCGAACAUGCCAAGGCACUAGGUUCCUUAGCUGACAAUGACCCAUUCUUCACAGCAACUUCCGGUGAACAUAGUGAAUUUGGUGUCAAAGCACACUCUUUGGAAGGUGGUAUUCAAGACUCUUUUGAUAUUGCCGGUUCCCUUUCUGGUUAUGUUGGCUACUUCACAAAAGAAGUUAUCGAUUUCAUCAGAAGAAGCCCAUUGGUUGAAUUUGUUGAAGAAGAUUCUAUGGUUUUCUCUAAUAGUUUCAAUACCCAAAACAGUGCUCCUUGGGGUCUAGCUCGUAUUUCUCAUCGUGAAAAGUUGAAUUUAGGAUCUUUCAACAAGUACUUGUAUGAUGAUGACGCUGGUAAAGGUGUUACUGCUUACGUUGUUGACACUGGUGUCAAUGUUAACCAUAAGGACUUUGAUGGCAGAGCUGUUUGGGGUAAGACUAUUCCAAAAGAUGAUCCAGAUGUAGAUGGAAAUGGUCACGGUACCCACUGUGCUGGUACCAUCGGUUCGGUUCAUUAUGGUGUUGCUAAGAAUGCUGAUAUAGUUGCCGUUAAGGUUUUGAGAUCUAAUGGUUCUGGUACCAUGUCUGAUGUUGUUAAAGGUGUCGAAUAUGUUGCCGAAGCACACAAGAAAGCUGUUGAAGAACAAAAGAAAGGGUUCAAGGGUUCAACUGCUAACAUGUCUUUGGGUGGUGGUAAAUCUCCAGCCUUGGAUUUGGCCGUCAACGCCGCUGUUAAGGCAGGUGUUCAUUUUGCUGUUGCUGCCGGUAAUGAGAACCAAGAUGCUUGUAACACUUCGCCUGCCGCGGCUGAGAAUGCUAUCACGGUUGGUGCCUCCACAUUAAGUGAUGAAAGAGCUUACUUUUCCAAUUGGGGUAAAUGUGUCGACAUCUUUGGUCCGGGUUUGAAUAUCUUAUCUACCUACAUUGGUUCUGAUACUGCUACUGCUACCUUGUCUGGUACUUCUAUGGCCACUCCUCAUGUUGUCGGUUUGCUAACAUAUUUCUUGUCCUUGCAACCAGAUGCUGAUAGUGAAUAUUUCCAUGCCGCUGGCGGUAUUACUCCUUCCCAACUCAAGAAGAAGUUAAUUGAUUUCUCUACUAAGAACGUAUUGUCCGAUCUACCUGAAGAUACCGUGAACUACUUGAUUUACAACGGUGGUGGUCAAGAUUUGGAUGACCUAUGGGGUAAGGAUUACUCUAUUGGAAAAGAACCAUCUGCCAACCCUGAAUUCAGCUUGGAAAGCUUGAUUAACUCUUUGGAUUCAAAGACUGAUGCUAUCUUUGACGACGUUAGACAGUUGUUGGACCAAUUUAAUAUCAUCUAA